GGAAUAGGCAGACCAGCGAGAACAGCUUCAAACCGGUUCCAACACCCGGCAACAAAAGCCGCUACAGCAACCUUCCCCCUCACUUGCCUCAGCUACCGCUACUAGAGUGCGCGAGAGGAUGUUACUGCUCAGAAGAUGCUGUUGCACUAGUGUUAUAGCCAUCUGUCUUAACACGUAAUGAUAUUGAAAGUUUUUGUCGAGGUCUAGCGGUCAGCAAGCCGUUUCCAACUGGCUACUUUGAAGCUGGCCGAAUAGAAAAAAGUAUUUCUGCAGGUGGCUGGAAUUUUGAGGGACAAGAGCAACAAAGAAAACAUUAGACCACCCUCUCCACCUCACCAUACAAACUACCACCACCACCAACAACAACAACAUCAACAAAAUGACUCUUCAGAGCAAGAAGGCCCUGGACGGCGGCUGGGGAUGGGCUGUGGUGACCGCAUCUUUCCUGGCCCUCCUCCUGGCCUACGGGUCCCCCCAGUCCGUGGGCGUGCUCUACCCAGAGUGGCUCAGCGUCUACCAGGAGGGUAAAGGCAUGACGGCCUGGGUGGGCUCCCUGGUAUCUGGUGUCGGCCUGAUUGCAAGUCCUAUAUGCAGUGCAUGUGUGGUGAACUUCGGAGCCCGGCCGGUUACCAUCUUCAGUGGCGUCAUGGUCGCGGGCGGCCUGAUGCUCAGCGCUUUUGCACCCAACAUCCCCUUCCUCAUCUUCUCCUAUGGCAUAGUCGUCGGACUAGGCUGUGGGCUUGUCUAUGCUGCUACCAUGACAAUCACCUGUCAGUAUUUCGAUAAGAGACGUGGCCUGGCCCUUGGUAUCGUCUCAACAGGUACCAGUGCUGGAGGCUUCCUGUAUGCCACGGGCCAGGGCGAGCUGAUCGAGCUGUUCGGCCUGCACGGCUGCCUGCUCAUCAUCGGCUCGCUGGCCCUCAACAUCAUUGCCUGCGCCGGGCUGAUGAGGCCCCUCAACCUACCCGCCUACUACCUCAAACAGAAAGCUGCCGCCCUGGAGAAGGCCAAAGAGCUGGAGCUGGAGCUGGAAAAGGAGGUGGAGGAGAAGGAGAGCCAGCUCCUGGAGAAGGUGGUGGUGGUGAGCUCAGACCCUGACCCCGCCAAGCCACCAUCAACACCAUCAACAACGGUGACCACAACUGAGAAGACCGCGGAGGACCCUCUGAUCUCCAAGAGGGAUGGAGAUAAACACUCGACUCCUCUUCCUCCUCCUCAUCCUCUGCCACCACCACCACAGUUCGAGAGGAGCUUCUCCAUCUGCGCCGUGCUGGUGGAGGUCAUCAAGAAGAAGCAACGCUCCUACUCGUCGUACGCACACGCCAUGGCCGAGCUGUUCCGCGACCGGGUCUUCGGCAUGCUGUGCGUGGCCUGCUUCCUCUUCAGCCUGGGGGCCUUCCCACCUCUCCUCUUCCUGGAGGACGUGGCCCAAAGCAGCGGGCUGGCCGAAGGCCUCAGCCUCUUCCCCCUGGUCUCCAUUGUGCAGGUGGCCAGUAUGAUGGGCAAGCUGGGUCUGGGCGCCAUGACCGACAUCCGCUGGAUGAAUAGCGUGCACCUGUACGCGGCCACGGCGGUAGGGGCGGGGCUGGCACUGCUGGCCAUCCCACUGACCAAGAGCUACGCGGGGCUGCAGGUCAUCUCGGCAGCCAUCGGCUUCAUGUCGGGCAACUGGUCCAUCACGCCGUACGCUACCGCAACCGUUGUGGGCAUUGAACGGCUGACGGAGGCGCACGGUAUUCUCAUGUUCUUUGGCGGCUUCGGAAUCAUGCUGGGGCCACCUGUUGUAGGUUCCUUCUUUGACUAUAUGCAGUCCUACGACUUGGCCUUCUACUUCAGUGGUGUGUGUGUGCUGCUGGGUGGCUCUCUCCUCAUCAUCUCCGCUCUGCCCUGCUGGGCCAGGCAGAGGGGAGAGGGACAAGAAACGCGCCACACAGACCAAGAACAACAGCAAAAAUACAAAGAAGACCUUGUGGCCGCCGUAGCCUGAACAAUCACAUCGCCGUUAAAAAAAACAACAACAACAACAAAAACGCACACACCAUUCUAAGGUGUUUGAACAAAUGAAGAGCUCUUUUUCAAAAUACUAUAUAUUCAUUUUCAAAAAAUAUUCAAAGCAAAUGUAAGAAUGUUGCAUUCAAAUGGCUUUUAUAGCAUUUUUGGGAAAAAGCUCUUCAAGUCUAUACAGCGAUAACCUGCCUCUUUGUGGUUGAUGGGCGGGAUGGGGAUGGGUAGGGGAAUUUUUAAGUCAGGGUAAAGGAAAAAAGUGUCAUUUUAUUUUUCUCCUUACAUGCAUUUUAAAGUUUAAUUCUUGAAAUGUCAGAAAGCUGUUUCAGCUGAACUCAGCCAAAACUGUUAAAGCGUUCAGCAUGUUUGAUUAUUUGACAGGUUUUUUUUUUUCAUUUCUCAACCAAGGGGACCUUAAUGUCUGCUGGUUUUGCAGGGUUCUGUUUUAUAUGGCCUUGUUUUAGGAGGCCACCAGAACAUUUUCACACUGACCUUUGGUCUUUUAUUCAAAAGCUAAAUGACAUUUUAAUAUGUUUACAGUUACCGAUGCUGUAGAGUUACCACAAAGACAUGGAUGAUUUCCUUACUAAACAUCUGAAUGCAGUAACACUAAAAAUGUAAGGCCAUGCUGUAUUGAGAAAAAAUGUUGAGCUUUCACCCGUUCUUUCUUGCUGACAAGCGUACAGUAUGUAUGCAAAGACAAACAGAAAACAAUGAGUGUGAGUAGUUAGCAGUGUGUUGAGUUUUUUAAUCAUUACUUUUAUUUCUAUUUUUGCAUUUUAUCUUGUAUGUCUAAGUUACCAAAGUGAGUCUUGUUUUAGCUAAGCCUUUUUGACUGAUAGAUUGACUGACGAAGCCUUACAGUCACUUAAGAAUAGAGUAGAAGAAACCGUAUUGGUGCCCCUCUCUUCUCUUUCUAAACCAAGCACAUUUCACCCCUCUUUUAUGUCAUUGUCCACCAGUAUUUUCACUGGGCCAAUUUAUGUGUUUGUUUAUUUGUUUUGUUUUAAUCUUUUGUUUACCUGUCGAUCUAAAUAAGCAAGAUGUAUGAAGCAAUAUGUAUGACGCACAUACCGCAAGGUGACCGGAUGUGUACACCGUAUGCGCUCAUUGUAUGUUUUUUUUAUUAUUAUUAGACACUGCUGUUCAUUUUGUUUGCUUUGUAUAGCUGGCUAUCAGCCAGUGUAAGUCUGCGGUUUUGCAAUACGUGCACUGAUGGGGUUUGUGGCUGCUGUUACUUGUAUUUUGGACAUUCCCUUCCCCCCACCCCCACAACGUGACCCUGAACACAUUGUUUUUACUUGAAACAACUGUCUUUGUAAUAUUUGUAACCUGAAACUACAAACCCCUUGGAAUCCCCCUAAAAAAAAUACAAAAAAACUCUUGCUUUUUUGUUAUUUAUGUAUUUAUGGUUCCUAUGAUGAUUCAUUUGCCUUAUUUUU